AUGAACGCUGCCGCUAAAGCAGCGAUUUCCAGACCGCAAAGCUAUUGUUCUCUCCUGAAAACUGCGUUUAUCCAUUCUACUCCAGUGUUGGAACGCAAACGUGGUUCCUCUUCUUCUAGUUCCCAGAAAUCAAAUGCUAAUAAGAAGAACAAGAGAUCCAAAAAGUUUUUGAGGGAGCAUCAAGAAAAAGUACGUCGUGCCGUGGAAGAACUUAAACGUGAAAGAGAAGAGGCUGCUGCUAAAAAGGCCAAAGAAGCCAAAGAAAACUUGAAUAAAUGCAACCAAGACUCCAAGAGUCCACGUAAAAGUCAAUUUGGUUACAAGGAUAAAGACUUUGAUAUUAUAUUCCGAUCUUUAUUUGGUGUACCACGAGGUUUUGAUUAUUCAAUCUAUGAAGAGGAGGACCGUCGUUGGUGGUAUCACCCUUCAUGGUUUUCUGGUUCCUCUAGCAACUCUUGGAGAUCAAAAUAUCGAUUUUAUGACAAAGACGAAGAGCAAGAAGAAGAACUAAGCGAAGAUGAAGAAAGCAACAGUUCUAGUAACUGGUGGAGAUCAAAAUCUCGAUUUGAUGAAAAGAAAAAAGAGGAAGAAGAUGGCUAUGGUUCAUCAAAGUCCAAUGGUUCAGUACUGUCUGACCCAAUAGAAGCUUCUCAUAGAGAAACACUUGGACUGAGUCCUUGGGCACCCUUGAAAAUUGAAGAUGUCAAACAUGCAUAUCGAACUUGUGCAUUAAAAUGGCAUCCUGAUCUUCAUGAUGACUCUACCAAGGCUGAGGCUGAAGCUAAGUUCAAGCUCUGCGUUGUGGCUUAUCAGUCUUUAAUCCAAAAGCUACAGUAUCGAGCUUGUGCAUUAAAAUGGCAUCCUGAUCAUCAUGAUGACUCUACCAAGGCUGAGGCUGAAGCUAAGUUCAAAUUCUGCAAUGUGGCUUAUGAAUCUUUAAUCAAAAUGCUACAGUAA